CGAGCGACGCCGCACCGCCACGAUCAAUUAAUUCCUAAAACGCGUCGGUCGAUUUGGCAACGCGUCUUCACCUUCAUGAAGCCUCUCUCCCUCUACCUCUUACCUCUCUCAUACAACACCUGGGCUGACAAUGCAUCAAUCUCGCCAUGUCUGCACUAGACAACAUACCCGGCAGCCUACUCCGGAAGCCUUCGGGCAAGCCGGAGGACGAAGUUGUGAGGACGCCCUCGAACUAUAAGCCGCUGCGCUCCUUCUGGCUCGACAAGGAUAAGCCAUACAAGCAGCAAUUCGCCGAUAUGUACUUCCUGCGCCUCACCAAGAUCAAACCGGCCGUGGAGCAGAUAGCCGCUGUUGACUGGAAGGAGAUGGUCAUCGGCGACGAGCCCGUCAAGAAGGUCGAACGAGUGCUGGAUAUCCGACAAGGCGAGCUGUGUUGGGUUACAGGUACUGUCUUCAUGGACAUGCCCUUAAAGCCCAACAUUCUAGAGGACGUCUCUAAGGAUCGAUGGCUCUCGGCGCCGAUCUCGGAUAAGAAGUACUUUUCGGAAGAUGGUCUGGAUUCUGUCGCGCUCGAGGACGAAUCGGGUCGCAUACGCCUCGUGGGGGAUGUGCUGAAAUCUAUCAUCCUCGUUACCGGGUGCAUCAUCGCGGUUAUGGGAACCGAAAAUGUCAACGGCGACCUGGAGGUGAUUGACCUAAAGUUCCCAGAUCUACCCCCGCAGCCGGGUCGAUGGACUCUAUCUACGCCUCCGGCUACGAACGACAGCGCGGGGCGUGUCAAGGCGAAGCCGGAGGACGAAGAUGCCGAGAUGACGGAUUCUCAAUCCGAGGGGAGCCGGGGCAAAAUCGCCAUCGUCUCUGGUCUGGGGUUCUCGGGGAGCGACGCGUCGCACGCUAUCGAGCUCGACCUGCUACUCGAAUACCUGCUGGGGGAGUCUUUGGACCCCGCCGCGCAGCAGGAGCUGUCGCAGAUAAGCAGGCUGAUCAUUGCCGGGAAUUCGAUCUCGGUCGAGGAGCGGAGCGCGCCCGAAGACGAGCCGGCGGAGAAGCGGGCGCACAAGAAGUACGGGUACGAUAGCAGCUCCUACAACGCGCUACCGUCCCAGCUGCUCGACGAGUUCCUCUCCGCCCUGCUGCCCACCCUGCCGGUCACCCUGCUCCCCGGCGCCCACGAUCCCGCCAACGCCAGCUACCCCCAGCAGCCGAUACACCCGGCCAUGUUCCCGAAUGCGAGGUCCUACGCGGCGAGGCCCGGCUCUUCAGACGUCGGCUGGUUCGACACGGUGACGAACCCGUGGGAGGGAGAGAUCGAGGGGUGGAGGGUGCUGGGCACUGGCGGCCAGAACGUGGACGACAUAUUCAAGUACGUCAACAGCGACGACCGCUUGGGCAUGAUGGAGGCCAUGUGUAGGUGGCGCUGCAGCGCGCCAACAGCGCCCGACACGCUCUGGAGCUACCCGUUCCAGGAUGACGAUCCAUUCGUCAUGGAGUCGUGCCCGCACCUGUUCUUCGUCGGCUGCCAGCCCGAGUUCGGCACCAAGGUCAUCGAGGGCCCCGACGGGCAGACCACGCGGCUCAUCGCCGUCCCGUCCUUCUCGGCCACGCAGGAGGUGGUGCUGGUGGACUCCGAGACCCUCGAAGUGACCAGGGUCAAGAUCGCCGCCGUCUAGCGGACGGCGCGGUAGACGGGUGGAGGGGGCGGGCGCCCCGGCCAGGUUUUCUGUCGUUGUCGCGUGGGCGUAUAAACAGCUUGGCAUGGCAUGGCAUGACAUACUAGCAUAGCACGGGAGUUGAACGGGGCGAUUCGGAAAUACCUAUAGACCAGAAAAACUCGAAUAUACUCUUCGCCGAUACGAUAUCUGCUUCCCAUAACCGGUUGUCGAGAACGAAGGCGAGAGAAAACUAGUCAAGGAGGCCGUGAUGUUGGCGGAGCUCUUAAUGGCCGGUCACAAGAUGAUAUAUACCAUAGUGAAAAGAGCACGACGACGCCUAGUCAAGGCUUCUCACCUCCCGUCAAAGGGGCCGGUAAUGAAAUCCGCC